UAGCAUACAUGUAAUACUUCCUCUAUGGUAACCUCUUCAUCCUGUCUGCACAGUUGGGUGUUGACCUCACUCUCCCAGCUGAUACGCUCUCCUCGCCGACUCUGUAGGCUAAGGAGCUCUCUCUAUGAACUGAACUAGAGCUGGGAGAACUGAGUUCAGAGGGCAGGAAGACACAGACAUAGCCUAGGUGCAAGGUUAUGUCUCAAGGUGACAAGCGGUUUCGAGACGACAUUUCUAACGGAGAACCAGUUACUUUCGUAAACCCUAAGGAACUUGAUUCUGCUGCUAAGAAGCCACGUAUGGAAGAGGUUCUGCUUGGCGUGUCCAAAGUCUUGCACAUUCGCAACCUCCCUGACAAUGUGUCAGAGAGGGACUUGAUUGCCUUUGGACUUCAGUUUGGGAGUGUGACCAACGUGCUACUGUUGAGGGCUAAGAACCAGGCCUUCCUAGAGAUGGUUGACAGCAAUACUGCAGCAGCUAUGUUGAGUUACUAUUCCAACAACCCUGCUACAAUCAGGGACAGGAAUGUGUUCCUGCAAUACUCCAAACAUCAAGAGCUCAAGACACAACAGCCUGUACCAGUGCCUCAGAUGAUUGGUGGUGGUUGUGUGUCCCCUGUCAUGGCUGGAGGUGCUUCCCCCUCUAGUAUGAGUCAAGGUGGUGGCAUGGGUCUAGGUCAAGGUGUUGGUCUGGGUCAAGGUGGUGGUAUGGGUCAAGGUGGUGUUGGUCUGGGUCAGGGUGUUGGCAUGGACCCUCAACAAGGCAUACCCAACUCAGUACUCAGAGUCAUCAUUGAGAAUAUGCUCUACCCAAUCACCAUCGACGUCCUGCAUCAGAUAUUUUCAAAGUAUGGCAACAUUCUCAAGAUAGUGACCUUCCUAAAAAAUGGUCAAUUCCAUGCUCUGAUACAAUAUCCUGACACCAUGACUGCUGCUACUGCCAAAUCAGCAUUGGAUGGUCAGAAUAUCUACAAUGGCUGCUGCACUUUGCAUAUAGACCUCUCUAAACUUAGCUCUCUGACUGUCAAAUACAACAACGAGAAAUCAAGAGACUACACUCGCCCAGACCUGAGCAAUGGGCCUGGUAUGGAGGGUGCUGAGAUGCAUGGAGGGAUGCACGGUCUCUCACCCGGGCCACCAGUGCACAACAGAGUGCCAGACCUGGCUACUGCCCUAGCAGGUAUUCCACCAUCCCUCCUGCAAAACCCAGCUCUUGCUAACCUGAAGGCGGCUCUUGUUGCCCUGACAACUGUUCCCCCGGUGAUGGGUGGGGCUCACGGUAUGAUGAUGCCUGGAGGAUGCGUUGUUCUCGUUUCCAAUCUCAACGAACAUAUGAUUACUGCUCAUGCCCUGUUCAUUCUCUUUGGUGUGUAUGGAGACGUGGUGAGAGUGAAGAUACUCUACAACAAGAGAGACUCUGCUCUAGUCCAGUUCAAGGAACCUCAGCACUCACAAACUGCCAUAGCCAACUUGAAUGGUGUGGACUUAUAUGGGAAGAGCAUUCACGUUACCUUGUCUAAACACCCUCAAGUGCAGAUGCCCCAGGCUGGCAGCAAUGAGGAUGGUCUAACUGAAGACUACACAAAUUCUCCCUUGCACAGAUUCAAAAAACCAGGCUCGAAGAACUAUCAGAACAUCUUCCCACCCAGCCCCACCCUUCAUCUCUCCAACAUACCUGAUGGCGUUGGUGAGGAACUCAUCACUACCUUGUUCACUCAAACUGGAGGAGUAGUCAAGAAGUUCCGGUUCUUCCAAAACGACCACAAGAUGGCACUAACUGAGUUGGGUUCAACAGAAGAAGCGAUAAGUGCUCUAAUUACGAUGCACAACUACAAGAUCAGUGAGACUAACCAUCUACGAGUGUCCUUCUCCAAGAAUCCCAUCUCCUAGCAAAAUCAUCAUCGUGUGUGUGUGUGUGCCUCUAGUCUAUAUCUUGUCUACUUAUCUACCGCCAGAAUAUACUCAAACUUUCUAGUGAAUUAUUGUUUUGAUUUAUAGCUCGGUUAUACUUCUUUUCCCUAUAGACUCUGAUGCCAGAUAGAUUAUUUAUUUUCAGCCUCGCUGUGUAAAUCUGUUACACUUUAGUUUUAGUAUUCUAUUUCUACAAACUUUUUUGUACAACCUAUCUUGUGUGUGCAGCUCAUAACGUUGUUCUACAAUCUCUUUGUCCCAGCA